AUGGUUUUGUUUUCAUUUUCAAUUGGUAUAAUGAUAAUGAUAGAUAGAGAGAGAUUGUUAACAUAAUAAACUUUAACUCUUCUUGUUGCAAAACAUAUUUGAAUAUCUAUUAUCGAGAUGGGUUUCUUCAGUACUAUAUUUGGUUUUUUUGGAUUUGGAUUUGGGAUUUCCAUUGGUCUCAUUGUUGGCUAUUUCCUCUUCAUUUACAUUCAACCCAGUGAUGUUGAGGAUCCUGAAAUAAAGUCACUGACGGAUGAAGACUCUGAAACUUUGCAACGAAUGAUUCAUGAGAUUCCACUUUGGAUAAAAAAUCCAGACUUUGAUCGGGUUGAUUGGCUAAACAAGCUUAUAGAAUAUAUGUGGCCGUACCUUGACAAGGCAAUAUGCAACACUGCAAAAAAUAUUGCAAAACCCAUAAUUGCAGAGCAGAUCCCAAAAUAUAAAAUUGAUUCGGUUGAGUUUGAAGUGCUCACACUAGGGUCCCUUCCACCAACUUUUCAAGGAAUUAAAGUUUACACGACAGACGAAAAAGAGCUAAUUAUGGAGCCCUUCUUAAAAUGGGCUGGAAAUCCUAAUGUCACCAUUGCAGUUAAGGCAUUUGGGUUGAAAGCAACUGUUCAGGUGGUAGAUUUGCAAGUUUUUGUUGCACCUCGUAUUACUUUGAAGCCUUUGGUUCCAUGUUUUCCUUGCUUUGCCAACAUCUAUGUGUCUCUCAUGGAAAAGGUUUGUGGUAGUUAUAAUGUCUAUCAAUUUUUCUUUUUCAUUUUUACCUUUGUUAUUGUGCAGCCUCAUGUGGACUUCGGGCUAAAGCUUAUAGGAGCUGAUCUAAUGUCUAUUCCUGGACUCUACAGGUUUGUUCAGGAAUUUAUCAAAGAUCAAGUUGCAAAUAUGUAUCUAUGGCCCAAAACCUUGGAAGUUCAAAUUAUAGACCCAGCAAAAGCUUUCAAAAGGCCUGUUGGGAUUUUAAAUGUAAAAGUUAUUAAAGCAAUGAAGUUAAAGAAGAAAGAUCUUCUUGGUGCAUCUGACCCUUAUGUGAAGCUAAAACUUACUGGGGACAAUUUGCCAUCAAAAAAGACCACUGUAAAACACAAAAACUUGAACCCGGAAUGGAAUGAGGAAUUUAGUUUGGUUGUUAAAGAUCCUGAGUCUCAAGCUUUGGACAUUCAUGUUUAUGAUUGGGAACAGGUUGGGAAGCAUGACAAGAUGGGUAUGAAUGUAAUCCAAUUGAAAGAACUCACCCCUGAAGAGCCUAAAGUUUUGACUCUUGAGCUUCUAAAAAAUAUGGAUCCUAAUGAUACACAAAAUGACAAGUCUCGUGGGCAGAUUGUUGUAGAAUUGACAUAUAAACCCUUCAAGGAGGAAGACAUGGACAAAGGUUAUGAUGAGACACAAUCACUUCAAAAACCUCCUGAGGGCACUCCUCCAGGUGGAGGUCUGCUCGUAAUAAUAGUCCAUGAAGCUCAAGAUAUUGAAGGAAAAUAUCACACCAAUCCACAUGUACGUAUUAUUUUUAGAGGAGAAGAAAAAAAGACUAAGAGCAUCAAAAAGAAUAGAGAUCCAAGAUGGGAAGAGGAAUUUCAAUUUAUGGUGGAGGAACCUCCCACUAAUGACAAAUUACAUGUCGAAGUUUUCAGUACUUCAUCACGAAAUUUAUUACGUCAGAAGGAAUCAUUGGGUUAUGCUGACAUCUCUCUUACGGACGUGGUUAGUAACAAGAGAAUCAAUGAGAAAUAUCAUCUUAUAGACUCUAAAAAUGGUCGCAUUCAAAUAGAGAUGCAAUGGAGAGCCUCACAAGCUAGUUGAUAAAAUUCUCCAUAGUUUCCUUUAUCCAUUUUCUUCUUUUAAAAUUCAAGCUUCCAUGUAGUGUACGAAAGAGUAAUAAUGUAACUUAUUGAUUUAUUGUCCAUGUAGAUUGGAUCAUUUGUUAAUCAUGUACAUGUUUGUGUCAAAAAUAAUCAUUUGCAUGUAUGUAAAAAUGUUGGUUUUGGAGGGAAGUCGCAUUUAUGAUUUAGACAUAAAUUAUAUGA